GCGUACUCAAACAGGAAGUGUGGCAGUUCACCUAGAACCGGCCGCAGGCGUUAUGGCGGCUUAUGAGCAAGUUCAAAAGGGGCCUUUGAAGCUGAAAGGCGUUGCAGACCUAGGCGUGACUAAGCGGAAGAAGAAAAAGAAGGAUAAAGACAAGGCGAAGCUCCUGGAAGCGAUGGGAACGAGCAAAAAGAACGAAGAGGAGAAGCGGCGCAGCCUGGACAAGCGAACCCCGGCCCAGGCGGCCUUUGAGAAAAUGCAGGAGAAGCGGCAAAUGGAAAGGAUCCUGAAGAAAGCAUCCAAAACCCACAAGCAGAGAGUGGAGGACUUCAAUAGACACCUGGACACACUCACAGAGCACUAUGACAUUCCCAAAGUCAGCUGGACGAAGUAGCCUCCCAUCACAGGUUGUGGAACACCAUUGAGCAGAAGGGGUUAUGUGUGGUGCCUUUGAUGUUUGCUCAGAAUAUCGUACACAUACCCUUUCAUCUUUUGCUGAGACAGUGCUUUUCAAAGCAGUGUCCCUGAAUUCUGGAACUCAAUUAAAGUAAGAUUGCCCUUUCACUCUAUUUUGGUUUCUCAGUAGCACAGGGAAGAUAAGACUUUUUAGUUUGGACUGGAAAUUCCUGAAAGCUUAUCCAGAGGUCAUUUCUGUGUAAAUGCUAUGGAAGGUUUAACCCUGAGUUGUAUCUAACUCUUGCUAGACGGGCAGCUAUCUUUGCAUGGAUGAAACUGACUGUAAGGAGCUCAGCAAGGUUCAAAACAUGCCGACCUCUUGAAGUUUUGCAGGGCUUUCCAAAUUCUUUCUAGCUUGGGGUAGAUGCUGUUCACCCAGGCCCUGAGGAAUCUACUUGCAGCUUCAUGUCAUCCUCAGUCACCUGGCCAGUGAGGAACUAGGAAACAGCAUUCUCUUCCCCAUAAACCCUUUCCGAGUAUGUCCGGUAGACAUUGCUAACUGUGCGCAGCAUUGUGAUGUAACCCAGAAGGUAUGUGCUUCGCUAAGGGGCCUCAAUCUGUAUUUGUACAGAGUUGGCACAGAACAUGGAGCCUGUUUGGUGUUUCUGGCCUGAGGACUCUGGGGACAGGACCAAGUAAGAGCACAGAGAGCACAGACAGACAUAGGUACAGUUAAAGGGUCAACCCAGGUUCUGGUGCUGGAGUGUCAGGACCUUUAAAGGCUUACAUAUACCUGAUGAGGAUGGAACUGCACACACUUGUGGGAGAAACAUGGAAAGAAAAAUAGAUGAGAAAAGCUAAGUGGUGGAUUUGGUGCUGUCGUGUGAACUGAAGAAUAAAGCAAAAGCCAAUUAUUAAAUAUGUCUGAGCGUCUUGAUUAUAGGCUGUUCGAUUAUCACUAGCAAUACAUAAUUUUUAGAUUUAUCACACAUGAAAAAUCUGCAUACUGCCAAAUGACCCUCCACCCUUAAUUUGGAAAAUAUUAGAUGUGUUUCUACCUGUGGUUUUUAACUACCUAAGAUAAUAUACUAUUUCAUUGCAGCGAGGCAGCAUUUCAGGCCUAUCUAAGUAGCAACUGGGUCUGAGUGGGAUAUGGUUCUAUAAAAAUCCUGCAUUGGUGGGCCCCCCCUGGUGGCGCAGCAGUUGAGUGCUGGGCUGCAAAGCUGCCCACAGCCUCUGCAGUGCCAGUACGAUCCCCGGCUGCCGGCAAGGGUCCCACAUGGCACGACAGGCUCCUCCUGCUGUACCCGCUGCUCCCCUCAGCAGUGUAUUUCGUCGGUCUGCCUGUUCUGUUCCCCACUCUGGCUCUGAUGAAUUCUCUCACCCUCCCGUGCUUCUGACUGUACCCAGUGCUUGUAUAAAUAAAUAUUUUUU